GCGCAUGCGCACAUCAUGACUUUCGCCUCUCAAAGUCACUGACGUCACAGCGGAAGUGCUGAACUAAAGCAUGUGUGCGUUCAGUAAAGUGGAUUAUUGACCUCAUAUAACUAUCACUAUAUUUCAGAUCAAUUACUGGCUGUAAAAAAUAAACAGGUGGUGGCGCCAUGGCACCCUCAUUACUCCCGUGUCUGCUCCAGUCACUGACUCGGCAGCUGUCCCGGGCCGUGCAGUAUGCGUCCGUCACUUGUCUCCCUGCUGCUGGAGCAAGUCGCAGCAUUUCCACCAUCACCGCUGCUGUGGUCCAGGCCAGAGGAAGCUUUCAGGCUCAGCACAAUCCGUUCCGUGCACAGUUACUCGGACCGAACCAGCAGUUCGUAUCCCUGCAGCCGUCAAUGGGCAUGAAAACCAAAACGGCCCUGAAGAAACGCUGUAAAGACUGUUUUUUUGUCCGUCGUCGCGGGCGACUGUGUGUCUUUUGUAAGAGCCACCCGAGGCACAAACAGCGCCAAGGCUGAAGCUCUUCCGAAGCUUUUCUGAUCAACGAUUUUUGUCUGUAAUAAUAAAGUGUGUCACAAAUGAAA